UACGUUACGCGCCGGAAGCGGGCUUGAAGAGUAAGACAGAGAAGUAGCGGGUGUCGGUGGGCCUGGGUCCCGGCCCGCUUUACAGUAAGGAGCUUUGCAGCUUUGGUAGGUGGCCGUUGCCAUGACGGCCCAGGGGAGCCUGGUGGCUAACCGAGGCCGGCGCUUCAAGUGGGCCAUUGAACUGAGCGGGCCUGGAGGAGGCAGCAGGAGCCGAAGUGACCGGGGCGGUGGCCAGGGAGACUCGCUGUACCCUGUUGGCUACCUGGACAAGCAAGUGCCUGAUACCAGCGUGCAGGAGACAGACCGGAUUCUGGUGGAGAAGCGCUGCUGGGAUAUCGCCUUGGGUCCCCUCAAACAGAUUCCCAUGAACCUCUUCAUCAUGUACAUGGCAGGCAAUACUAUCUCCAUCUUCCCUACUAUGAUGGUGUGUAUGAUGGCUUGGCGGCCCAUUCAGGCACUUAUGGCCAUUUCAGCCACUUUCAAGAUGCUAGAAAGUUCAAGUCAGAAGUUUCUGCAGGGUUUGGUAUAUCUCAUUGGAAACCUCAUGGGUUUGGCACUGGCUGUUUAUAAGUGCCAGUCAAUGGGACUGUUGCCUACACAUGCAUCAGAUUGGUUAGCCUUCAUUGAGCCCCCUGAGAGGAUGGAGUUCAGUGGUGGUGGACUGCUUCUGUGAACCUGAAAAAGAAGUACCUGGUGCCUUUGUAUCAGGAUCCCAUUUACAACCUUUUCAUGUCCAGUGGCUCCUCCUUCACAUACUAACUCUUCACAUGAUCACUCAUGCCAACAAGAACCCAAAGCUCUCUUUUCUCCAUGGUGAGGCCCAGAAAGACAAGUAUGUAUCACCACACACACAAAGAAACCAUACUACAACCCUUGACUGAAAAUAAUGUAGAAAACUUUAUUUAUGUUUCCAGUACAGAGCAAAACAACAAAUAAAACUGUAACUCUAUGUAAACAAAAGAAUGGCCGCUGCUAAAUCGAGAACCACAGCAGCAGCUCCUUUCAAUAAAUUAAAUGGUCGAGAACAAUGCUUAAAAAAAAGUUGUACAAGUUUCCCUUAAAUCUAUUUUCCUUAAUAUUUCACUUCUAUUUAACACAAGCUGGAACAUAAAAAUUCUGUUGGAGACAUUUGUGGAAGAUGUAAGAAACUAAUGCUGGAUUCAGAUUAUACAUGAUGAAAAGAAAAAUAAACCAGACAAAAAGGGCAUGUAAA